AUGUUCUUCCCAGUUUCCGAUGUUUCCGCAUGGCAGACUGCCUGGGGAAUUUAUGUGAAGAUAACGAAUCGAAAUGAUUAUGCUGGUAGCGGAGUAGAAAUAGAAGGAGCAAUUGCGGGGAUCAAAUUCGUGAUCCGGUGCAUGAACUGGGAGCCAACUCCGUCCGAGAACUGGAAGGAAUCCUCACCAGGUAUCCGAGAGGGACGAUCGGUAUUCUGGUGA